UUCAAGCUGUUUAUAAGGAGUUGAAAGAUAUAGUCGAUAAUUUGGUGCAAUCAGUCAGCGGAAAUAAUGAAGAAACGAACUAUUUGAAAUCAAAAUUAGUAUACUAUUUGGAAAGAUAUGAUAAAAUUUUGAAUCCCGAUGUUUGCAAAGCCGUAAUUAAAUAUGAUAAUGGUGGCGAAGAUGAAAGUGUCACUGGUUCAAAUG